GAACAAAUCUUGCUUCAAAUGGUUGUCCCACUCCCACGAACCAUAUCUAUACGCACCCGGGUUUUAGUUUUACAAACCCCAUCUGCUAAACCUCUCUUCGCUAUCACGAAUUACAGGAGCUUCUUGUUACUAUUGAGGCUUUGAUAACAUGAUUUCCCCAUAGCUCUGCACAUCCAGAGUUCGUACUUCAUAAUUUUUAGUCUGUUGCAUUAUUUAUUUUUGGAGGUUGUGCAUUUAGUUCUCAAAAGACUCAUAGCUGUACUUUUAAGUUUUUAUGUUAGUUCCUAAAAAAUAAAGUUAAAUGCCUCUCAUACUAUCUUCCUCCUUCAUGCCCCCCUGUUCUUUUGUUGAUACUGUCAAGGAACCCCAUAUUAUAUUCCCACAACCAUCAUUAUCACAUCCACAUCACAAUUCUAUCCACUGCAACAUUCUUCGAAAAUGCUUAUUUCCUAAUAACCACAUAUCCAUGAUUCUAAAACACAAAGCACCCUUGAAACUCAUAGCAAGAGAAUCCUCCAUGAACUCCAGUUAUGAACUCUUUAGUGAUGAAAACAGUAUGGAAGAUGAUUGGAUAGAUCAAGGAGAAGGAGAUGACUCCAUGGAUUCACCUUGGGAAGGGGCAAUUUUGUACCAAAGGAACCCUUCAAUCUCCCACCUUGAGUAUUGCACAACCUUAGAAAGAUUAGGAUUAGGACAUCUGUCUACUGAUGUUUCAAGAUCUCGAGCUUCUUUAAUGGGAUUACGUGUCACAAAGUCAGUGAAGGAUUAUCCACAUGGAACACCUGUCUUGAUAUCCAUGGAUGUUACCAGAAAGAAGCACAACUUAAAGCUUGAUGGGAUCAUACGAACAGUCAUAACUCUUGGAUGCAACAGGUGUGGUGGAUCUGCAGCUGAUUGUGUGUUCUCUAAUUUCUCAAUUGUACUAAGUGAAGACACCAAUAGAAGAGCCUGAAACAAUAAUACAUGGGAGAUAAUUUAUGGUCAAAUGUAUGGUCAAACUGUGAACUGAAGUAAGAAGAAGAAGAUGAUUUAGCAUCUGUUGACUUAGAUGACUGGUUGUAUUUCCCUCCUGAAGAGAAAGUGAUAGACAUAUCAAAGAAUGUAAGAGACAUGGUGCAUCUGGAAAUAAAGAUCAGUGCCAUAUGUGAUCCGAUGUGUAAAGGUUUGUGUCUCAAAUGUGGUCAAAAUUUAAAUACAAGUAGCUGUAAUUGUAGUCAACAGAAAUCAAAGGCCAAAAGUUAUGGGCCUCUUGGAGGCCUGAAAGAGAAAAUGCAACAACAGGGAGGCUGAAGAUUCCCCCUUUGAAUUUUGUUCUGUUAGUAUUACUUGUCAAGAAAUAAUAUUUUACAAAAAAAAUUAAUGGAUAUGUAAUUUACCGGAGAGUGGGCAUUAUAUUAUGUGUAUAGAGUCAAACCAGAAGUUUUGUGGAU